CAUUUAUAAUAGAUACACAUAUAAUUUGCCAUCGGAAGAAUGACAAAAAGACAGAGGGAAGACAGAUUUGACAAUGAAGUCAGAUACUUUUUAAACCCGGAAUCGGUGAGUGUACAUCUGUUUUGUUCAAUUUGCCAAGAUGUUUUCCAGGACCCCCAACGGGCUCCUUGUGGCCAUAGUUUCUGUAGAAAGUGCAUAUUACCAUGGCUACGACAGAGUCAAUCUUGUCCUGAGGACAGGAAGCCUGUCAAAGAGAAACAAUUGCAUCAUGACUUUAUUUUGGAAAACAUCAUAGGAGAUCAAAUGGUGGCGUGUCCAUACCGGAAGUCAGGGUGUGACUAUGUAGGACAGCUGCAGUUACUGGCAUCUCACAAGAAAACUUGUAACUUUAACCCCAUCAAUCUUCCUGAUUUUCUCAAGGCCACUGACAGCGUUUGUGGAAUUGACGAAUUGAGUGUUGAUGAGGAGUCGUCUAUUCCAACCCCCGGUAAACCCUCCCUCAAAAUGAGACUGUUUCAAGCUGGUGACAGCAGGAAAGAAUUGCUCAUGUCCAUGUUUGAUAAGAAGAAAAGCAGCAGUAUCUCGUGACGGCAGUCAUUCAGACUGGACUGACAGAUUCUCAUAUCAAUCGGUGGUAAAGAAAACUUGUGUUUUUCCACUGACAGUUUGUUUAGCAGCGGCAGGGCAAUCACUGCACGUUUAGGGGGUAAAUUCUCCUCACCAUAUAACAAUAUCUCACUUCAAAAAACGCUAUAAAUUAGAAAAAAAAACUUACUAAAUAUGUUUUCUAUCCCUGUUUUUCAAGUAAGGUGGUGUCAGAAACAUGAAUAUCAAUGGAUGAUGACAGUUGUAAUCUAAUGACAACAGUGUGAAAUAAUGGUCACAAAUAACGGAACGUACAAGAUUCAAAGAAAGGAGUUUUUCUUCCAAUUAUAAAUUUUUUUUUUUUUGAUUUCAGUGAGUUCGUUUUCAGAAUA